AUGAACGUGAUCACGUUGCUGCUGGCUGCCGCGGCGCUAAGUGCUGCCUUGGCGCAACCUCAAGGUUUCGCUGCGCGCUUCAUUCCUCGGGUCGCCUCCAGGCUCGCCAGUGUUAUUCAGGAGUUCAACAACUUCAAUGGCAUCGACCCGUGGCGUUGGGGGUACACUCGCGAGGACGCGACCACUCGUGAGGAGGAAGGGACCGUGGAGAACGACGAGCUGAAGGUGCGGGGCUCCUACAUGUUCGCGACUCCGGAGGGCACGGUGCACAAGGUGGGCUACGUCGCCGACAAAGACGGCUACCGCGCGUCCUCGGAGCCGCCAGACCAGCAGCUGCUCGACCGCCUGGGCACGAACGCGGGACUCACGCUCGUCGGAAAGUGA